CAGAAUCCUGUUCUCUGGAAGGUUGCCAGGUGGCGGCCGACAGCCUCAAAGAUGCGACUGAGUCUGCGCACGGCCACUUCGGAUGGGAAAUGCUCAUUCCGUGGAGAGGCGGCGUGGUGCGGCAGUUUCAGGUUACGGGCGCGGAUGCGGGGAAAAUGGGAAAGGUUCUUUCUGGAAAAUGUAAUGACAUGUCCAUCUGUGACAGCAUCCCAAGAGUCAGCCUGGUUUCUGGAAAUCUAUUCUGACUCCAUGGCAGCUAGGAUGGAUGUAACUUUGCCUGUGGUUAGAAAACAAAGGGUUUACUGAGUUUCCUGAGUGCCCUGUACACUUUUGGGUCCCACCACCUCGCUGGACAGCAGGGCUCUCCUUGGGUCCCACAGGACCUUGGGCACGUCUACAGAAGGCCCUGUCAGCAACUGCAGCUGAGGGCCGCAGAUCUUUUUCCAAGAACAACAGAAAAUGAUCGAGUACCAGCAGAGACCUGUGUCAUUCAAGGAUGUGGCAGUGGGCUUCACUCAAGAGGAGUGGCACAGGCUGAAUCCUGCUCAGAGGGCCCUAUACCGGGAUGUGAUGCUGGAGACCUACAGCAACCUCGUCUCAGUGGGUUAUGAAGACACCAAACCAUAUGUGAUCCUCAGGCUGGAGCAGGAAGAAGCACCAUGGAUUUGUGAGGCGUCAUGCUCAGGCUGCCACUUUCGGGAAAACAUUUGGCAAGGUAACGUCCAGAAGAAGAGACAGCAAGACAUGCUUUUGAGGCAAGGUACAUUCAUCAGCAAGAAAACGUUGCCCAAGGAAAGAAGCCAUGAAUGUAAUAAGUUUGGGAAAAUAUCACAUCUGAGCACUGAUCUUUUUCCUUCAAUUCAAAACCCUAUUAACUGGGACUCUUGUGGAAAGAGUGUGAACCAUAAUUUAGACUUGAAUGGUUUUAAGAGAAACUAUUCAAAAAAGCAAGAUGAGUGCUAUGGAUGUGGGAAAUUAUUACAACAUACAAAGCAUGAUAGAAGACCUAAUGGAGAAAAAUUCUGGGAAUGCAGUCACUGUGAGAAAGCUUUCAGCCAUAACCCAGCACUUACGUAUAAACCAGCAGUAACCAAUUCUCUUGUGUACAAACGGAAGAGGGUUCCACCUACAGAGAAACCCCAUGUCUGUACUGAGUGUGGGAAAGCCUUCUGCUACAAGUCUGAAUUCAUUAGGCAUCAAAGAAGUCACACUGGGGAGAAGCCAUAUGGAUGCACUGACUGUGGAAAAGCCUUUUCACAUAAGUCAACCCUCAUUAAGCACCAGAGAAUACACACUGGGAUAAGACCCUUUGAGUGUUUUUUUUGUGGGAAAGCCUUCACCCAGAAGUCACACCGCAGAGAACAUCAGAGGACACAUACAGGAGAGAGACCCUUUGUGUGCAAUGAAUGUGGGAAGUCAUUUGGUGAGAAGUCAUACCUCAAUGUACAUCGAAAAAUACACACAGGAGAAAGACCCUAUCGUUGCAGAGAAUGUGGAAAAUCCUUCAGUCAAAAGUCAUGCCUCAAUAAACAUUGGAGAACUCAUACCGGAGAAAAACCCUAUGGAUGCGACGAAUGUGGCAAAGCUUUCUACCAGAAGCCAAACCUCAGCAGACAUCAGAAAGUUCAUGCUAGGAAGAACGCUUACAGGAAUGAAAACCUAAAAAUUGUAGGAAAGCCUUGAACAAGAUAUCCUGUUUCAUUAUAUGUGGAGGAAUUCAUCCUUAGGAGAAAUCUCAUUGAUCUAAUGACCAAGUGUUUUAUCAUAAGGCAAGUCAUGCUCCAAUUGUGACAGAAAAUUUUAUACUAAAGAUUAUAGAAAAUAUUUUAUAAAACAUAAACCUGUUCAUUCUGGCUUAUGAAAGUUUAAAUGAUAACAGAAUACAAAAUAUAUGUGAAGAAAAUUAGAGGUAUAUUAUGGUAUGUCCCACAGUGAGCCACAUAAUAAGCACUACUUAUAUUUUAGAAUUAUAAAUGUGAAUUUAAUAAAUUAUGAAUAUCAAGCACAUAUGUAGAAUGCCAUUCACCAAACUUUUUCACUCUAAAUAUCACCAUUGUCUUUUGGUGUCUAACAAUACAAACAACAACAACAAUAAUAAUAAUAAUAA